GUCUUCUAACAGCCACCACUAGCUAAUCUACUCUCAAAAUCAAAAUCCCAAAAUUCUCCACUCCACUGCUUCACUUGUUCAGUUUCCAUUAUCCUCUAAAAAAAGCUUCUCAUUUUUUAUUUUUUUCAUUUUUUUGCUCCAUCUUCAAGGCAAGCCCUCAAAAAAAUCUAAUCUUGAUAAACCCCAACAAUCCCGUUUAGCUAAAUUUUCACCUUUUUUUUUUAUUUAUUUAUAAAAUUUUGAAUCUUGAUAACUCCCACCAAUCCCUUUUAGCAAAAUUUUCACUUUUUUUUAUACAUCAAAUUUUGAAUCUUGAUAACUGCCCACCAACCCCUCUUAGCUAAAAAAUUUCACUUUGUUUUCUAAUAAAUUUUGAAUCUUGAUAACUCCCCAUCAAUCUUUUUAGCUAAAUUUUCACUUUGUUUUCUUAUAAAAUUUUAAUCUUGAUAACUCUCACCAAUCUUUUUAGCUAAAUUUUCACUUUGUUUUCUUAUAAAUUUUUAAUCUUGAUAACUUCCCACCAACCCCUUUUAGCUAAAUUUUGAUUGUGUUUUCUAAUAAAGUUUUAAUCUUGAUGAAUUAAUGCUGAAGUUAUCAACUUUUAUUGAGGCCACCUUGUUUAAUGGCCUCUUUAAAAUUAUCCCUUUAUGUAGACAGCUCAUGGGAAUCCAAGAAACUUAAUUGCACAGUGAAAGGUUUGAACUUUACUGAUUCUAAGUGUUGGUUUCCUUCUAUUUUGGGUAGUGGUGCAUUUGUUGUUAGUCCAUUUUGUAUGUUGAAACACAUUAGGGUGUCAAGAUUAGAAACUGAGGAAUUAGAGAGUUCUGAAUUGAGUUUAAAUGGUGAUGGGGUUGAUGGUUUUGAGGGUAAUGUAGGAAAUGAAAGUUUUGUUUCUGAAAGAUCAAAUCUUGGAAGAGAUAAAGGGAAGUUUAAUGUUUGGAAAAGAUUUAGGAGAGUGAAGAGAGUGUCGAAAGACUCGAAUUAUAGGUCUAGUUUUAGAAAAGAUAGGAAAAAUGGGAUGGAAGAUAAAAUGAAGAUUGUGUUUGAUGAAAAUAGUGAUGAGGAUGUGAUAUAUAGCGAAAACGGGGUUGAUUUUCGGGCUGAGAAUGUGGGGCCUGACUCGAGUUUGGAUCAAUGCAAUGCAAUAUUGAAACAACUCGAAAAGGGUGAUUACGAUGGGAAAGCGUUGAGUUUUUUCCGAUGGAUGAGGAAAAAUGGGAAGUUAAAGCGAAAUGUUACUGCCUAUAAUUUGAUACUCCGCGUCUUGGGGAGGAGAGGGGAUUGGGAUGGGGCGGAGAAAAUGAUUAAAGAAAUGAGUUUUGAGUCGGGUUGUGAGCUUACGUAUCAGGUUUUCAAUACACUUAUUUAUGCUUGCCAUAAGAAAGGGCUCGUGGAGUUGGGUGCUAAGUGGUUUAACAUGAUGUUGGAGAAUAAAGUUCAGCCAAAUAUAGCUACUUUUGGAAUGCUAAUGGCUCUUUAUCAGAAAGGAUGGAAUGUUGAGGAAGCAGAGUUUACGUUUUCAAAGAUGAGGAAUCUUAAAAUUAUGUGCCAGUCAGCGUAUUCGUCUAUGUUGACGAUAUAUACACGAAUGAGAUUGUAUGAUAAAGCGGAAGAAAUCAUUGGCUUUUUGAGGGAAGAUGAAGUAAUUCUGAAUCUUGAGAAUUGGUUGGUUCUGCUUAAUGCUUAUUGUCAACAAGGCAAGUUACACGAGGCUGAACAGGUCUUAGCUUCCAUGAAGCAAUCUGGUUUUUCGCCAAAUAUAGUUGCAUACAACACGUUGAUCACCGGAUACGGGAAGGUUUCCGAUAUGCGUGCUGCACAACGCUUGUUUGGUGACCUUAAAAGGGUUGGAGUGGAGCCUGAUGAAACAACUUACAGGUCUAUGAUUGAAGGGUGGGGUCGUGCGGACAAUUAUGAUGAAGCAAGGAAAUACUAUGUGGAACUGAAAAGGCUUGGACACAAACCAAACUCGUCUAACUUGUACACAUUGCUAAAUUUACAAGUCAAGCAUGGAGAUGAAGAGGAUGUUGUUAGAACUAUUGAGGAAAUGAUGCAAACCGGGAGUGAAAAGUCGACCAUCCUCGGCAUUCUUUUGCAAGCAUAUGAGAAGCUUGAACUCAUUCACAAAGUUCCUUCAAUUUUAAGAGGUUCUUUAUAUGAUCAUGUUUUGAGAAACCAAAUAUCUUGUUCAAGUCUAGUAAUGGCUUAUGUGAAAAACAGCAUGAUAGAUGAUGCGCUACUAGUUUUACGGGAAAAAAAGUGGAAGGAUGCUUUAUUUGAGGACAACUUGUACCAUUUGUUAAUUUGCUCGUGCAAAGAUAUCGGACAUCCGGAGAAUGCAGUGAAAGUAUUCACGUGUAUGCCGAAAUCUGAUAAGCCUAACUUACAUAUAAUAUGCACUAUGAUAGACAUUUACAGUUCAAACAAUGAUUUUGUUGAAGCUGAAAAGCGUUAUCUAAUGUUGAAGAAUUCAAAUGUCAAACUGGACAUGAUAACUUUCAGUGUUGUGGUAAGGAUGUACGUGAAAUUCGGAGCUGUAGAAGAAGCCUGCUCUGUUUUGGAAGCAAUGGAAAAACAAAAAGACAUUGUUCCGGACACAUAUUUGCUCCGUGAUAUGCUCCGAAUCUACCAGCGAAGUGAGAAGAAGGACAAAUUGGCGGAUCUUUAUUACAAACUCGUGAAACUAGGAGUCGUGUGGGACCAGGAAAUGUACAGCUGUGUCAUAAACUGUUGUGCCCGUGCGCUGCCCAUUGAUGAGCUUUCUAGGCUUUUUGAUGAGAUGCUUAAACAUGGGUUUUUACCUAAUACGGUCACGUUCAAUGUUAUGCUUGACGUAUAUGGAAAGUCCAGGCUCUUCAAAAGGGCAAGAGAAGUUUUUUCAAUGGCCAAGAAGCGUGGUUUGGCUGAUGUUAUCUCUUACAACACUCUCGUAGCUGCGUACGGGAGAAGCAAAGACUUCAAGAAUAUGUCGUCAACCGUCAAAAAGAUGCACUUCAACGGCUUUUCGGUUUCUCUUGAAGCCUAUAAUUGUAUGUUAGAUGCCUAUGGGAAAGAUGGACAAAUGGAGAAAUUCCGUAAUAUCUUGGAAAGACUGAAGGAAUCUGGUCAUUCUUCUGAUCACUACACGUACAACAUUAUGAUAAACAUUUAUGGUGAGCUUGGUUGGAUUGAAGAAGUUGCAGAUGUAUUGGCAGAAUUGAAAGAAUCGGGAAAUGGACCUGAUUUGUGCAGCUAUAACACAUUAAUAAAGGCAUACGGAAUUGCUGGUAUGGUUGAAAGUGCAGUAGAUUUGGUUAAGGAAAUGCGCAAGAAUGGAAUUGAACCUGAUCGUAUAACUUACACUAACUUAAUCAAUGCCUUACGGAAAAAUGAUAUGUUUCUCGAGGCUGUUAAGUGGUCUUUAUGGAUGAAGCAGAUCGGAUUAUAAGAUCCAUUUUGGCAAAUAUUGUUAUUAUUCAUCGUGGACCAUUCAUCUCCGGUUUAAAGGUCAAGGCUUGUAUUCUUCUUGUAUAGUUUGACACUAAACUUUCCAGCGGGGACUUUACUGAGUAAGCUAGAGCACGCAUGUCACAGCAGGUCUAUAGAAGAUCACAUAUAUGCCAGUCGUCUACUUGCGCGCCCGAGUUUGUGUAAAGUAAUUCAUAGACAACUGUGGUUUGAUUGUCCAUAAUGCACCGGGUAGUGUAUAGUCAUAACUCUUUCAAUAAGGAAGAUAGCUUACUGUGAUAGCUUUAUCGAUCAUCUGUAUCUCCAGGAAGUUGUCUCACUGUUGUAAAAAUCAACAUGGUAAAGGCUCUAAGCCUUUUUGAAUGUUUUAGUUGCUAUGUGGCUGAGCCAUUUUGGGUAUAGUUUCAAUAAAAUCUCUUGCCAUUUUGUUA